GCUCGGCCAGGGACAUGGCCGCUUUCCUGAUGUUCUUGCUGCUGCCCUGGUGCGCCAGUGGGGCAGCGGUGUGCAGGCACUGCCCAGGACCGUUGCACAACAGCUCUGUCGUGGCCCGAUACUGCACAUCCCAGGCUGGCACCAAGAGUGAGGGACGCUGCUGCUGGGAACAGGGCACCCGUCCAGAGCGACUGCUGGGGCUGGACCUGAGCAACUGUUCCCUGAACAGCCUCCCACCAGGGCUGGACGAGGCUACCACCACUAUUGUCCUGGACCUGACAGAGAACCCCCUAACACUCCUCCCCAACAGCUCCUUCUUGGGCUUCACCGAGCUGCGGAUCCUAGCGGUGCCGCUGGCACUGAAGUGCCCAGGUGGGAACAGUGCCUGGGAGGAGGUGACAACGAAUGGGAGUAGUCGGUUCUGCCAGGGUCAGAAGAACCCCUGCAACAGUUCUGAGGAGCUUGCCUGGCCGUGCCCUGAGAAUGCUGCCUGUGCCCCGGAUGGCCCUGGCCUCGUCCAGUGUCUCUGCAAGAGCCCUUUCCAUGGCUACAAGUGCCUGCGUGAGGGGACAUUCCCUAUGCUGCUCUUCUGUGGGAUCCUGGGAGCUGUCACCCUGUCUGUGUCCCUCCUCCUGUGGGGCACACAGCGCCGGAAAGCCAAGACCCCCUAAGCAGGGAAGUGGGUCUGCACCAGUGCCUCUGGUAAGGGUGGCAGGGGCUGAUGGUCCUGGGGUCCUCCGUUGCUUCUGGGUGGCUCCGUGCCUUGGUGCCUGGCUCACUGUUUUGGGGCUGAGGGUGAAUAAAGGCUGCAGCAUCCU